AUUCUCCUCUAUUCACUGACUUAAACACACACACACUCUUGCUUUCCUCUCUCUCUAAAAAAGAAAUUCAGCUGUUUUCUGGAUUUGGGAUUUUUCUUGGUAGAUUGUCUCUUUGGAAGGAUAAGUCUUUUUUGGGUGCUGUCUUCUUUUGUGGGCUCAGGUGUUGGUAAAAAAAAGUGGCAAUCAAUCAAACUGAAGAAACAGCAUGCGGUGGUAUAGUCUUUCGAUUGAUGUUUUCCAGAAAGUCAUCUCUUUGAACUUGUAUUGCCGUGUGAUUCUAUAAAGCCUUCGUUUCGUUUCACCAAAUACUUUUUUUUAUCUCUCUUUCUUUCCCACAUUCAUCCUAGCAUAGAGUCUUAUUGCCAUGGGAUCCACUUGCUUCGUCGUUAUCCCUUGCUACGUACGUUGGAUUAGCUGAUCUUUCUUCUCUCGUCCCACCUCUAUACCGUUAUAAAGCUCUCUUGCCAUCUGAACUGUUUCUUUCGACUAAGUUUAGUGAUUUUAGUCAUUUCCCUUUGUCAUUUCCUUGUGUGGUGCAAGUUCUCGAGAUAAGGAAUUCGAAUCGUUGGAUUGGUAGUCACUCUCUUCCGCGACAGUUUUCUGCGAAUUUGAGUUAAAAAGUUUUGGGGAAGUAGUUAUGGUAAGCCAAGCAGCUAGUCAGACAAGAUUUCGAGCAUUGAAACACGAGAGUGGAAUUGACGGGAGUGCAACCAUUAUAGUUAGAGUAAUAGCAUGCUUUCAACCUCUUCAAGAUUGUCAGGCCGAAUAUUUCAGACAUCUACUUAAACCUGUCACGUAGAUUCGUUUCUUUUCACGCGUUCAAGUUAAGCUGGAUUUUGUUUUAUAUAUUUCUAUUUUAGCUCGAAGAUUCAACAAGAAAUCAGUUAAUUCUUAGGUUAUUGGUGUGCUUAAAUGGAAAGGCAUUUCGGGUCCGGGUAUGAUCAGCACCUACUGUCAUCUACACUGAAUCUGUCGGGAUUUCCCUUCACGAACGGCUAUCUGAAUACUGAGCCAGUUCAUAGGUACCCUUACCCCGUCGAAGAUUCCACAUUGAGAAAUCUUCCUCCCGUACCUGGCUCAGGUUUCCUACAGUCGAAGGCAAGUGAACCAAAUCGGUUGCAGAAUUGGUUAUACCAUAAGCAACAAUUCCACCAAGCCUUCAUUCCUGCGCCAGACUCUGCAUCCGGACAGAAGUUCCCUUUGGGCCUUUCUGAUGUCGAACGCCUCAGAACCCCUACCAUACCCGGUCAAAAGAGGUUUCUCGUAUUCGAUCAAUCCGGUGAUAAAACCACUCUCUUAUACAGCUCUGGGGUCCACGCUCCUGUUCAGUUUGGAGCUUGUCAGCCGCCGAAUCUCCCAUCCGCCUACAAUUUGGGUGUCGAGAUGAGGGAUUUGAAAGACGAGAGUUUCGAAGAAAACUCUAAAGAUGUCACGGAAGGCGAAAUGCGUGAAGACACAGAAGAACUGGAUGCCCUCCUCUGCUCUGACUACGACAGCGAUUUCUCCGAGGAUGAGGAGACGAGCACCGGCCAUUCCCCUAGCACCAUGACUGACAACGGUGCGCCAAAACUGGCAGAGGAAACCGGUGAAGAAGUCGAUAGCUUUUCCGUACCAUUGAAAAGGCGAAAGCUUUUGGAUGGAAACGGCGACAUCCCAUCAAGCAUGUACGACGCAAGCUCUGUGAAAACCUUUGCCUACUCCGAACAAGUAGAGAGUGAUGCUGAGUCGAGCUGUGGUAGUCGUAAGGAGGCAUCAACCUGCAAAAGGUCGAGGAAAGACGAAAUACUCGACACUGUGAGCAUUCUGCAGAGCAUAAUCCCUGAUUCGAACGGGAAAGAUGCAAUCUUUGUGAUUGAUCAAGCAAUCCAUUACUUGAGAUCGUUGAAGGCGAAAGCCAAGGCCUUGGGGCUCGAGUCCCUCGACGCCCUAUAAACUUCGCCUACUGUCCGUUCCUCGAAAAUAACAGGUCGUCGUAGUAACUUCCGUUGUCUAUAAACUAGUCGUUGUUUCUAGCAAAGGUAGCCUUAGAGCUUGUGUGAAAAAUCGAAUCUUGAAAGGCACAUCGUGUGAAAAAUCGAGUCUUGAAAGGGGUAGCGUGUGAAAAAUCGCGUCUUGAAAGACGAUCAUAUUUGAAGUCUUCUCCGAUAUGAUUGAUUUGGAAAAAGCAGCAGCAGCCAUGUUUUCUUGAUGUCUCCGAGCCUCCGUUUUCUCCUCUUCGGCUCUUCACGGCCUUGGGGUGGAGUCGAGUCGAGCUGAGCUUCUGCAUCGCGUGUUCGGGGUCUUCGUUCGUGGCCGAAAAUGAAGCUCCAUCUCUCUGUCUGUGUGUGUCUAUUAUUGUUCCGUUGUGUGAGAAUAUUUUUGUUGCAUUUGUUGGGAUGUAAAUGUGAAGUUUGUGUUGUUUUUAUUCGGGUGUUGUAAUGCAGCGUGCUUGUGUUUGUAUUUGUCUGAAACAAUGAGAAGUCUAUUUUGUAAUUUUAAAAUCAUUUGUAUU